AUGGCGGCCUCUUUCAUCCCUCGUGCAGAUGUCCGCAACGAUAUAGUUCAGACGUGGUCGCCGCAUCUACAUGAUGCCGCUCACGACCAUCAACACAACGGCGACACUAAUGGCGCGAACGGCUGCGGGUUCGAGGCGCCCAUGCCAAACACUCCGCCGAUGACCGAAGAUGAUGAACGGCAUUGGCGAAACGCCGAACUCCAAUCCCGGAUCAUGCGGAACGUCGAAGAACUGGGCAUCACGCGUCCGGCCGGCCACAAGGUCUCCUUCCACUACAACAGUCAUGUCGAAGAUAUGCAUUUCGGCAAGACGCAUCCGAUGAAGCCGUGGCGAUUGACCUUGGCUAAACACCUCAUUUUGGGCUUCGGCCUGCAGUACUCCAUGGACACGUAUGAAGCCGUAGCGGCUGGCAAGGACGAAGUCGAGGCCUUUCACGAUCCGGAUUAUGUCGACUUCUUGUCCCGCGUCAGCCCGAACAAUUUUCGGGAACUCUCCGAGAUCGCUCAUUUCGCCGCCAGUAUCCCGCCGCGACAUGACGGAGACAAUUGCCCCGUGUUCGACGGUAUGAGCACCUAUCUCUUCCUCUACACCGGUGCCACCCUGGAAGCGACCUCCGCUCUCACCAGCGGCCAAAGCGACGUCGCCAUAAACUGGUCUGGCGGCCUGCACCACGCCCACAAAGGCGAAGCCUCGGGCUUCUGCUACAUCAACGACAUCGUCCUGUCCAUCCUCGACAUGCUCCGCGUCUACCCUCGGGUCCUCUACAUCGACAUCGACGUCCACCACGGCGACGGCGUGGAAGAAGCCUUCCAGCGCCAACCACGCGUCAUGACCCUCUCCUUCCACCGGUACGGGCCCUACGACGACACGGGCCACAAAUUCUUCCCGGGGACCGGCGACCUCGACGACAUCGGGCUCCGCGGCACCCCGGGCGAGCAUUUCGCGCUGAACGUGCCGAUCCCCAGCGGCAUCGACGACCGCCAAUACAAGUACGUCUUCGAGGAGACCUGCUCGCGCGUCAUCGACGCCUUCAAGCCCUCCGCCGUCGUCCUGCAGUGCGGCGCGGACUCCCUCGGCGGCGACCGCCUCGGCCAGUUCAACAUCAACAUCCGCCAGCACGGCGAAUGCAUCAGCUACAUCCAAUCGCGGCGCCUGCCCCUGCUGAUCCUCGGCGGCGGCGGCUACACCGCGCGCAACGUCGCGCGGGCCUGGUGUCACGAGACCGCGCUGCUGACAAGCAACACGCUGCCCGAGCAGAUCCCCCUGGACCUGGUCCCGCGACCCGAGGCCUUCUCGGGGAACAAGACGCACGGCGAGGGGAAGAUGUACCCCUCCUUCGAGAGAUUGCACAAGAACGAGUGCAAGGAUGCCGAGCUGGAGUUCAUGGUGAAGAAAAUCGAGGGCGACUUGAAAUUCGUGAGGAACUCCCCUUGGGUCGGCAUGGAGCAGUUGCCGGUCGAGAGCGCGAUGGAGAGGGUCAUGGAGGAGGAGGAUGAGCGGAGGAGGAAUGGCGGGAGGAGGGCCAAGGAGAGAGAUCCGGCCGGCAGGGGCGAGUUGAGGUGA